AUGACGAAGCAACCCGUGCAGACUGUUGACGAAGCCGAACGAUUGAUUCGACUCCUUACAGAGGGUCUUGUCAACAUCAAGGACGAGAAAGGGGACUUCCUCCUGCACUUACCGAAUGGAUUCGCCGUAAACACAAAGACUUGGGAUGGGUGGGAAUGGACUCAUGGUAUUGCGCACACUUUCCUCGCUCACCACGCCAAAUUACGACCGGAUUCGGAAGCAGCUGCGUACUCAAGACAAACUAUCAUUGACUGGUUUGAGCACCAAUACAAGGUAACGGAUGGGAAAGGCUGUCCUAAAAACAUCAACACGAUGGCCCCAUUCUACUCGCUAGUCUGUUUAGUGGAGGAUGGACGCGUGGCGGAUGCAAAGUGGACAGAAUGGCUGAAUGAGUGGGCUGAAUGGACCAUGGAUGGACUACCUCGAACUGAAGAGCGAGGGUUCCAACAUAUGAACUACCGGAGCGUUCACGAGAACAACUUAUGGGAUGAUACUCUAAUGAGCGUUGUGUUUAAUAAACCUCAGUACAUCAAGGAGUCCAUCUAUCAAUUCUUACUCCAUAUCCAAUAUCUCAUGGAUCCCGUGUCAGGUCUGUGGUACCACGGAUGGUGCUUCACGCCCGACGGAAAGCCGACGCAAUACUCGAGUAAUCCCGAAGCUCCUUCGUAUGGUCAUCAUUUCGCCAAUGCGUUAUGGGCUCGUGGAAAUUCUUGGAUCACUCUUGCGAUUCCAAUGUUACUCGAGAUCCUCAAGGACGAACUCGAAGUAGAUGACCCAGUCCGACUCAAUCUUAUAUCCGUUCUCAGAAGACAGAUCGACGCAUUGAUACCAUUGCAAGAUACGAAAACAGGCUUAUGGCACACUCUGCUUGUGGAUUCGACAUCGUAUGUAGAAACAAGUGCGUCAGCAGCGUUUGUAGCUGGAAUAUAUAUGUCUCUGAGAUUAGGGCUUAUCAAAGGAGAAAAAUACGUCCAGACAGCAGAUACAGGUCUAGCUGGUGUGGUGGCCCAAAUUGACGCCAGUGGAGAAGUUGAUAAUGUGUCGUAUGGUACCAGAGUGGGUUUGGAUUUGCAAUUUUACAAGGACGUUCCCAUCACUCCCAUGCCAUAUGGUCAAGCUCUUGCGAUGGCAGCGCUGGUCGAGUGGGAAAGACUCAACAAUUAG